AUGAGUGACAUUAAUAUUAAUGUCAAGCAACUCGAUGGUAAGGUGUAUACACUUAAAGUGACACUAGCUACCAAAGUACCAGAACUCAAAGAACAAUUACAUGAACUGUCUGGUAUCAAUACUGCUCUACAAAGACUCAUCUACAAGGGAAAGGUAUUAAGAGAUGAUAAGGAUUUGGAUUUCUACAAAAUUGAAGAUGGAGUUACAUUACAUUUAACUGAAAGACCACCUGAACCAGCACCAGGUACAUCGACUACUUCUACUUCGACUACAUCUACUUCUUCUACUUCACCACAAGUACAUAUUCAUCAUGGUCUUCCACAGAUUAUACCAGGUGCACCAAAUGGCAAUUCGAUUCCACCAAAUAGUCGUGUCUUUAUUCAAGGUGCAGGAGAUAACCCUGACAUAUUGCAAAAUGUGUUGCGUCAAUUGGGCGGUGCCAACCGUGUAGUGAUUGCACCCAACAACCCGGGUACACCCGCACCCACAGCAUCGAUGUUUGAGAACCAGAUUAGAAACUCACUCAACUCGAUCAACGACCCAGCCUUGGAUCCCAACCGAGUGCCCCAAAACAUCCCCGCCAACCCUCUCGACUCGCGUCCAGCCCUUCAACGUCUCAUCACUAAUCUCGAACUCGCUCAAACCCAGAUCAACCAGUUGUUGGAACGCACCAACCAACUUGCACAAGCUCUACCCAACGAAUCUACCAUGACUGAGCCACAGCAACGCCAAGACUUGCAACAACAGGUCGCUCAACUCGGCCAAGGAUACCAACGUCUCGGACAAGCCGGCAACCACUUUUCACAAUACCUUUCAUCGUUUGUCGUUGGCCAAGUACCAGGUCAAACCCACUUUUCUGUACAAGUAUCACAGGUUUCACAAAUCUCUUUUGAAUAUCCAAACGGUAUGAAUAUUAAUAAUAAUAAUGGUGGUGAAAUGAAUGUCAAUAAUGGUGCAGCUGUUCCAAAUAUUGGUGUAACAACUACCCAUGCUUCACCUGUUCCAGGUGGUCAAACAGAUCCAUCAAAUAUAUUCCAAAUGGUAUUCCAAUCGUUACAAGGUCAACAACCAGGAGCUGCAGGUGCACCAGCUGCAGGAGGUCAACAACAACAACAACAAGCAGGUCAACAACAAGCAAAUAAUCCAAUGGGAGGAUUACAAAAUAUAUUACAAGGUGUUUUGGGUCCAGCUUUGAAUGCUGCAGGUCAACAAAUUGCACAACAACAACAACAACAAGGACAAGGAGGUCAACAACCAGCAGCAGCAGGAGGUCAACAACAAGCAAAUCCAUUGGCUGCAUUAUUUGGUCAAUUGGGUGGACAACAACAACCAGGACAACAACAACCAGGUCAACAACAACAACAAGCAAAUCCAUUAGCAGGAUUACAAACAAUGCUUCAAGGAAUUCUUAAUCCACAAGCAAAUGCAUCUGGUCAACCACAAGCUAAUCCAUUGGCAGCAUUAUUUGGUCAAUUGGGAGGACAACAACAACAAGACCAAGAUGAAAAUGGAGAUGAUGCAUUUUCCGAUUUUAUGAGUCAUCUUCCAAUGAUGAUGAUUGAUUUUAGAUUCCUCUACUCUGGAGUACCAUCACAAGUGGUUCAAGGACAUCGCAACAUUCGUAGAAUCAUUGAAACCAACAUGUUGGAUGGCGACACUUCAGAUUCAAAUGUUGAAGAGUUUAUUGCCCAAUUCUCAGAGGGUCUUGCUCCAGCACUCCAACAACAUGCAUUGACACCAGAUAUGGUCAGCCGUGUUCUCCCAGGUCACGAUCUCAUUGGACGAGUGUUAAGAGUGGUCCGUUCCAACAUGAGAAGAUUGUUUGGUUUCAUUUUGACCGAACCAGGUGAAUCUAACCCAAUUGCUGAAUUGACUACCACUUGGACAAGAGAUUUUAUCGUUGCUCUUGUCGAUGAAAUAGCAACUUGUAUGCAAGGUGGAUCAGAAGACGCAUUUAUCAUUAUCAACCGUUUCUUGCAACAAACCAUCGCUGGUUCAAACCCAUUAUUUGGUAGUUUUAUUACUCCUGUUACUCAUUAUAUUAGAUCAACCUAUGAAGCAAAUAGACCUUUAAGAAAUAAUACAAAUAAUACAAAUAAUACGAAUAAUAAUAAUAAUAAUAAUAGUUCAACAACAUCUACUAGUACUUCUACCACCUCUACCACUACAACUACUCCAUCAACAACCACAACAACGUCAACUGUAAAUAAUAACCAAAAUACGAAUAAUAUUAAUAUUAAUAUUCCAAUUGAUGGAACAAUUCCACAAGAAUGGGCUGAAACGAUUGAAGUUGAUCAAGCCAGACAAGAAUCAAUGCCACCCAGUGUAGCAAGAGCUCCUCUAACCACCAACUAUACCAACCCAACAAAGUUAAAGAAACAAAAGUUAUCAACUUCCCCAUCAUCUGCUGCUUCUACAUCAUUGUUUGGUGAAAGACUUGUCCAAGCCACUAGAGAUACUCCAAAUGUUAAUACUCAAGGUCUAUUAGCAAAGGCAGAGUCUGAAAAUCUAGUUGAAAUGUAUCAACAAUUAAUUGAUAAAAGUAAAACUAAACAAUAA